UCUGGACUCUUCAGUCUGAAAGUUGUAGAGAAUUGGGAUGGCAGUUCUGAUUUAGGAAUCGUAAUUAAACAUCCUUUAGAUCGUGAAACACGGGACAGAUUCCAGGUCAAGGUCAUUGCUAAAGAUGGUGGUUAUCCAGUCAGAACUGGCUCAGUUAUAAUUGAUAUUACAGUCACAGAUGUAAAUGACAAUCGUCCAGUCUUUUUAAACACUACCUACAAUAUAUCAGUCUAUGAAAACAUCCCGUAUAACAGAACUGUAUUACAACUGGUAGCUAUUGAUACAGAUGCAGGAAGUAACAGUGAACUGACAUACAGAUUUUCUUCAAGAGUCAACAACAAAAUCAAAGAAGCCUUCAAUAUUGACUCCAAAACUGGUAGAAUUUAUGCUGUUGGUAAAAUUAACUAUGAAGAAACCAAACAGUAUCAGUUCAUGGUAGAAGCUGUAGAUAGUGGUACCCCUCCCCUCUCUUCCCAAGCUUUAGUUACUAUUGACAUCAAGGAUGAAAAUGACAAUGUUCCUCAAAUCAACAUCAAUCUGACUCCAGAAGGAACAGAUAUUUCUGAAGCUGUAGAUACCAAGAAGUUUGUAGCCCAUGUUUCUGUAUCUGAUAAAGACGAUGGUGAUAAUAAACAUGUCGUAUGUACCAUGAGUGACUCUCAUUUUAUACUAGAGAACUUUUUUGAUGAUAGUUAUAAAAUUGUGCUGGGUAAGAAAUUGGACUAUGAAACUCAGACUAGUCAUAAUGUUACUGUAACCUGUAGAGAUAAUGGUCGUGUUCCAUUAGAGAAUUCAUCAUCAUUUAUAGUUCAUGUUCUGGAUGAAAAUGAUAAUUUUCCAGAAUUUAGUCAGACAGUGUAUAAAGGGAGUAUCAUUGAGAACAAUGCUAUCAGUGAAGAAAUUCUCCAGGUUUCAGCUCGAGAUAAAGAUAAUGGGGAAAAUGGCCGAGUUGGUUACUCUCUAGAUAAUCAAGCUUCUCAGUUCUUCUUCAUCGACAGAGAUUCAGGAAUCAUCACUGCUAAAGUCCGUCUGGAUCGAGAGGAUAUCCCAGAAUUCAAGUUUAAUGUUAUUGCUACAGAUUAUGGUAAACCACCAAAAUCUCAAUCUGUCAAUGUGAUUGUAACAGUUUUAGACCAGAAUGACCAGCCACCAAAGUUCCAAAGGCCAGUCUUUUUCUGCUAUGUAAUGGAGAAUUUAAAUCCUGGUGCCUCUGCAGGCAAUGUUACAGCCAUUGAUAAAGACUCUCCAGCUAAUAGUGAAUUUCUUUUUACAAUACCUAUCAACUCCUGGGCAAGAGACUAUUUUGAUAUUCAUCCACGAACUGGUGUGGUUACUACCAAGAAGAAGUUUGAUAGAGAGUCAAAUGAUCAUUAUAAUUUUGGGGUGAAUGUUCGUGAUCCUCAGGUUCCUGGUUUUUCUGACUCUGCCAAUGUUACUGUGUAUAUAUUAGAUGAUAAUGACAAUGUUCCAAUCAUAGAGUAUCCAACCGCCCAAAACUUUACCACAGACAUUGCCUUUGAGACACAAGUUGGAACUGUCAUCACUACAGUGAGAGCUUUUGAUAAAGAUGAACCAUCCAAUGCUAAGGUCAUCUAUAUGUUGAAGUCUGGUAACAAUCGCCAUCUAUUCAAUAUGAAUAGAAUAACUGGGGAUCUGUCUUUAUCAAGAAUAAUUCGACCAGAAGAUUCAGCUCUCUACAAACUGGAGAUCAUGGUGUCAGAUAGUGGAAAUCCACCUCUAUCUUCCCGGACCAAAUUCUAUGUCAAUGUGGCCAAAUCUAAUGGUACUGCUGCUGAAUUAGAAGCU